GGAACCUUUCACUUUGGUGAGUGUGUGUAUGUGGUGGAGAGAGAGAAAUUCCUUAAUAGCAAGACAAAGGAAGGAAUAGUUAAGGAAAGGCAGUUAGUUUAAGUAGAAGUUCCCUCUCAGCCAUUGGGAUGCUCACUUGGACAAAUCCUCAGCCGUUGGAUUAAGGUUGGCGUAGGAUCCUCAGUUGAGUACACGUGCUGCUAUCUCUCUCUCUUUUAUCUUUGCUUCCAUGCAUGGAUUUCUCCUCCAAAUAUAGUCAAGUCCUGAAAGAGAGAAAGUAGUGAAAGAGAGAUAAAAAAGAAAGAGAGAAACAAACGCUUGCUCACUCACUUUUAAUUCUCUCUUUUUUUUUUUGGAUUUGUUCAACUUCACUCCAUCAUUACUGAACAAAGGUACACCAGAAUUUUUCUUCUGUACAUGUUGUUUUCUAAGAGGUAGUAGUAGUAAUACUAGUAGUAGUAGUAGUGAAUCAGAAAAAGAAGUUAGUGACAUAUUUUACUAGCCACUCUUUUUUCUUUUUUUAAUUUUUUCUCUGCAUCAGAUCUUUUUUUUGAGCUUCAGAAUUCCAUGAAAUCUGAGAUAGGUUUUUCUCUUUAUAGUCCAGAGAGUAAAGGGUAUCCGUGAUCUGAUUCGAUUAUUCUCUCAAAGCUUUGAGCUUUGUUCUUCAUAUUCUGAUCUGGGUUCUCUUGUUUUUCUUUUCUGGGAUCCUCUGUUUCAUUAGAAUUUCGACUUGUCUUAGUGUAAUGAGAUCAAGGAUUCAAAGCAUUGUAGUCUGACUCUGAUCUCUCUCUGUUCUUUAUCUGUUUGGUAAAUUGUCUUUCAAAACCAAAAAUUGUAAUCAAUGGAAGAUGGUCGAGAGUUGAAACAUGCCUGCAAGUUCUGCAACAAGAGCUUCCCUUGUGGAAGAUCCUUAGGUGGUCACAUGAGGUCUCACUUGACCAACAAUCCAGCGGAAACUGGUGAGAAGCUCAACAGUAACAGAAGCAAGCUCUCAUAUGUCAACAAUGGAGGCGGAAGCAAUAUCAAAACCAAUAACCCUGGCUGCUUUGAAACUGGUGGUAGUCCUCAUCACCUUGGUUAUGGCCUUAGAGAGAAUCCCAAGAAGACAUGGAGAAUUUCAGAUUCGAGUACUGAAGAAACUUUGGUUUUUGAAAACAAGUCCUGCAAAGAAUGUGGCAAAGGAUUUCAGACCUGGAAAGCUCUUUUUGGCCACAUGAAACAACACUCGGAGAAAGAAAGAGCUUCUUCCAUUAAUAACAAUAACAAUAUUAGCUUGGAGGAACAAGAUUCAUGGACUAGUGGUAACCAGAAGCAACUGGUCAUGGAUAGCCAAUCUGAUAAUGAAACCACAACUACUCAUCCCAAUAGGAAAAGAAGAUCUCAGAGAAGAACAAGGUACAUGGCAACAACCAACUCUUCUUCUUUCUCUGUUGUUAACAAUGGCUCUUCUUCUGUUUCUGAGAUUGAACAAGAACAAGAGGAAGUAGCUAUGUGUUUAAUGAUGCUUUCAAGGGAUGUAAACAAUAAUCAUUGGGUGGGGGGCUUCAAGUCAGUAGCUGAGUCCUCUGACAACUUUUCUGAGUCCUCAAAAUCUCUAUCUUUUAAAAAUGUUUGUAAGACUUCUGCUACUAAUGGCUCUGAGGUUCCGAAAUCAAAGAAACGCAAUGCCAAGACCAAUGAGCCAGCCAAGCUGGAUUCUGGGGUUUCAAAAUCUUGUUCUAGGAUGAAUGUGAGUGAAGUUAAAGACAAGAACAAGAUGAAGCUUCAGAAUGAUGAGACUGAGUUAGCUCAAUUGGGUUCCAAGAAGUACUUGAAUUCAAGCAAGAGAAGUCUUAAUCAUGCUCACUAUGAUCCUGAAUUGAGACCGGAUUCUUUAAAAAAUUUUAGCCCUGAUGUUUCAGAUCCUGAGAUGUUAAAGAUUUCUCAUAAGAGGAGCAAAUUUGAGUGUACCACUUGUAACAAAGUCUUUCAUUCUUACCAAGCUCUUGGAGGUCAUAGAGCUAGCCACAAGAAGAGCAAAGGCUGCUUUGCUUCAAUCAUUGAUAGCUGUGAAAACAGCAUUGAAACUGAUAAUAUCUCUCCAGAACCAACAGCGGAAGAUGAACAUGAUGAUGAUGAUAAGAACCUUAUUGAUGAUCACCAUGAUAUGCCUGCUGGUGAUGAUAAAAAAUCCCAGAGGGAAGUAGUUGAGAAAAUUAGAGUGUCCAAGAAGAGUAGUAAAGGUCAUGCGUGCCCAAUUUGCUUCAAGGUUUUUUCCUCCGGCCAAGCCUUGGGUGGUCACAAGAGAUCCCACUUGAUCAAUAGUACUUCAGAUGCCAAAGGGAGCCCAACCAUUGUGAUAAAAAAACCAAUUCCGGGUAUCCGGGACUUCCUUGAUUUGAAUCUUCCUGCUCCUGAUGAAGAAGACAGCAAUGGACAUGUUGCCUCCCUAAAGCCAUGGUGGGCUGGAAGCAGCCACAAACAUGAGACUUUUGUGGGUCUAAUAUCUAACUGAGUUUGUCCCCUUUUUGGUCCCUGCUAUGGAUUUUCAAUAAAAAAAGGAGGUUCAAAACAGUGUACAGACAUACUAUUUCUGGACAUUAUUUCAUUGAUUCUUUUGCAGAUUCAACAACUUGCUGAGGUACUGCUUCUCAUAGCCUUCAAUUUGGCCAUUGUCAAAUUUCAUAUCACAAGUUUUUUUUUCCUUCUUUCUUUCUUUUUUGCUGGUUAUUAUACAUGUAAACAUCCAGUAAAAGAAUUCAUUCUCAGUAGUUUUUGUUUCAUUUUGAAACUUGAAAACACUGUAACAGCACACUUGAUGUUCUUUUUAUCAGAAAGAUGUACUUUCUUUUAUAUA